AUGAAGACCACUCUCAUUACCAUUGGCGGUAUGCUGCUGCCUGCUCUGGUGGCCGGUGCUGCUAUCGAUGUCCAGAAGCGUGAAGAGGAUGCCCCAGCCUAUGUUUGGGCCAGCGUCAACAAGGACAAGCGCGAGGAGGCUGCUCCCGCCUACGUCUGGGCUAGUGUGAACAAGGAGAAGCGCGAGGAGGAGGCUCCGGCCUACGUCUGGGCUAGCGUUAAUAAGGAGAAGCGUGAGGAGGAUGCACCCGCCUACGUCUGGGCCAGUGUCAACAAGGACAAGCGCGAGGAGGCUGCUCCCGCCUACGUCUGGGCUAGUGUUAACAAGGAGAAGCGUGAGGAGGAGGCACCUGCCUACGUCUGGGCCAGCGUUAAUAAGGAGAAGCGCGAGGAGGAGGCACCUGCCUACGUCUGGGCCAGUGUGAACAAGGAGAAGCGCGAGGAGGAGGCCCCGGCUUAUGUCUGGGCGAGCGUUAAUAAGGAGAAGCGUGAGGAGGAGGCACCGGCCUAUGUCUGGGCCAGUGUCAACAAGGAGAAGCGUGAGGAGGAGGCGCCUGCCUACGUCUGGGCUAGUGUCAACAAGGAGAAGCGCGAGGAGGAGGCACCGGCCUAUGUCUGGGCCAGUGUCAACAAGGAUAAGCGUGAGGAGGAGGCCCCGGCUUAUGUUUGGGCGAGCGUCAACAAGGAGAAGCGUGCGGAUCAGACUGAGCAGUAA